CGUGCGGUUCGCUGUCACACAUUCACUUCAACGCUGCUCGUGUUUUAUUUCCUGCCUAACUCCCAGCCGGCGGGAUAAAAAGCUCUGCAGCUCUCACCCAACAUGGGUUAGAAAGAAAGCGACCUAUGGAUUACCCACUUUGUGCACUUCACCGAGGAUGAUGGGGGGACACCCGGACUUGUUUUCGCACAGAUAUCCUGACAAAGACGGGGACUGAGAGGGACUUAAGCUCGCCGCUUCCCUCUGCCUCGUUUUGCAGCUUUGUUUAUUUUUUUCCUCUUCUAUCAUUUUUUUAUUUUUAUCAUUUCCACGCGUGUGAGCGAGAUAGAGAAAUGUUUGCAGAAUUGCUGUGCAGCGCCGUGGCUCUGGUCCUGUAUGUCAACACUCUGGGCGCCGAUUUCUGCUACGAUGACAGCCGUGCAAUCAAGACCAAUCAGGAUCUGCUUCCAGAGACCCCCUGGACAAAUAUCUUCUACGAUGACUUCUGGGGCACUUUACUCACCCACAGUGGCAGCCAUAAGUCUUACCGGCCCCUCUGCACCCUCUCCUUCCGCCUCAACCAUGCUGCAGGUGGGCUGGAGCCCUGGGGCUACCACCUGGUUAACGUGGCCCUCCACGGGGCCGUGACGGGGCUGUUCACCUCCCUGGCUCGGCUGCUGCUCGGAGGCGGCCUGUGGAGCCUGCUGGCCGGCCUGCUCUUCGCCUCGCAUCCCAUACACACCGAGGCGGUGGCGGGCGUCGUGGGCCGGGCGGAUGAAGGUGCUGCCCUCUUCUUCCUGCUGUCCCUGCUCUGCUACAUGCGCCACUGCCACCUGCGGGGCCACGCUGGGCCAGGGCGGCUCGUAGCCUGGUUCGUAGGCAGCCUGGGCUGCGCUGGGUGCAGCAUGCUGUGGAAGGAGCUUGGAGUGACCGUUCUGGCCGUGUCGGCUCUGUAUGACGUCUGCGUGUUCCACAAGCUCAAACUGCGGCAGGUCAUCAUGCUCCUGUACAAGAGAAAGAACGUCCACCUGCUGCUGAAUGUGUUCUUGCUGGCAGUGUGGGGAGCCGUCCUGUUGGCCUGCCGCUUCUACUGGAUGGGUAACAAACCUCCGAACUUCUCCAACUCCGACAACCCAGCAGCAGACUCACCCUCGCUCCUCACCCGGACACUUACCUUUUCCUACCUGCCUGCCGCCAACUUUUGGCUUCUCCUUUGCCCGGACAUGCUCAGCUUUGAUUGGUCAAUGGACGCCUUACCUUUGAUUAGGAACCUUGCUGAUAGGAGGAAUUUAUACACAGCAGCCUUCUACGUUGGAUUGCUCUUCUUGGCUUGGUUCAGCCUGUGGACGCACCAGACAGCUAAGGUUAAGGAGACAAAUGGCAAAGUGCAUCCUUACACCAAUGGCAGAAAUGGGAACAGUAAUGGACACAGUUAUCAAUUUCACAAUCAUGAACAUACAAACAAUUCCCACUCAGACUUUCACAUUAAUAAUAGUAUCCAGAAUGGUACCAAAAAGCACUAUGAGAGCAGGACUCCAUUGCCCACCUCGGAAAAUGUUGUGGUGUUCUCUCUAGGCCUGUUGGCCAUCCCUUUCCUCCCUGCAACAAACUUGUUUUUCUACGUCGGGUUUGUGAUAGCAGAGAGAGUACUGUACAUCCCCAGCAUGGGCUUUUGCUUGCUGGUGGCAGUGGGGAUGAGGUCUCUGUAUGUGCGUCUGCGACGCAAGUCCUUCAGGGCGAUGUUGGUGUACUGCAGCGCUACCGUCGUCCUUCUUUUCAGUGUCAAAACUGUUUUGAGGAACAGGGACUGGCAGAAUGAGGAGAUGCUUUACAAGUCAGGGAUUUAUGUCAAUCCUGCUAAAGCAUGGGGCAACCUUGGAAAUGUCCUGAAGAGCCAGGGCGAGAUGGAGGAGGCUGAGCAGGCGUACAGAAAUGCCCUCUAUUACCGCAGCAACAUGGCCGACAUGCUGUAUAACCUCGGUUUGCUGCUACAGGAGAGCAACAAGUUCUCAGAGGCGCUCCACUACUAUAAGCUGGCCAUUGGAAGCCGGCCAACUCUGGCUUCGGCCUACUUGAACACAGGCAUCAUCCUGAUGAAUCAGGGUCGCCUGGAUGAGUCCAAGCGCACCUUCUUGACCUGCGCGGACAUCCCAGAUGAGAACCUGAAGGACCCGCACGCCCACAAGAGCUCAGUUACCAGCUGCCUAUACAACAUGGGCAAGCUGCUACAUGAGCAGGGACAUCAGGAGGAGGCCCUCACAGUGUUUAAGGAAGCAAUACAGAAAAUGCCAAGACAAUUUGCACCACAGAGCCUCUACAACAUGAUGGGAGAGGCCUACAUCAGACUCAACAAGCUGACCGAUGCUGAACACUGGUACAGGGAGUCCCUGCGAGCCAAGCCAGACCACAUUCCUGCACACCUCACCUACGGAAAACUCCUGGCUAUGACGGGCCUGAAAACAGAAGCGGAGAGGUACUUCCUGAAGGCCAUCCAGCUCGAUCCCACAAAAGGAAACUGCUACAUGCAUUAUGGUCAGUUUUUGUUGGAGGAGUCUCGGCUCCUGGAAGCAGCAGAGAUGGCAGAGAAAGCCGCACGCCUGGACAGCGGGGAGUUUGAUGUGGUCUUCAGCGCGGCCCAUAUGCUCAGACAAGCCAGCCUAAACGAGGCAGCCGAGAAGUAUUACGGACAAGCAGCAAGCCUGAGACCCAACUAUCCUGCUGCCUUGAUGAACCUGGGGGCGAUCCUCCACCUUAAUGGAAAGCUGCAAGAAGCUGAAGCCAAUUACCUCCGAGCACUUGAACUUAAACCGGAUGACACCAUCACCCAGUCCAACUUACGUAAGCUGUGGAACAUAAUGGAGAAACAGGGCCUGAGGACCAUGAGCCCCUGAGCUCCCCCUGCCAGCCCACCUGCCAUGUGUACGCCAGACCUGAGGGAAAGGACAGCCUACAUGAUCCUUAUUCGCUCUUUUCAUCCAGGAAAGACACAAUAGACUCAGGGAGGAAGUUGGCUGAGAGAGGCCAUGAAUAUGGCGCCCAGCCCUCCUAAUAACUCCUGAGCUCUGCAUACUCCUCAGGCCAGCAGCUUUCCUCAAAAAGCAAUGCUCACAGUUUGGCUGGCAAUACAUGCUAUUUGAACUCUAGAAAUGUCUUAAAUUGAGUUAUUUCACAGGAACCAUGUGCGUGUUUGUUUGUUUGUUUUUUCUUAUACUUUAUAACUAGAGCACUUGAAAUUGAAGUUAAAGUAGGUACAUCCUUCAAUAUUUGUGAUGAAUUCGGGGUCUUUUUAAUAACCAGUUGCAGUUCAAAUAGGUGGAAAUAUUGUCUCCAAGCUGUGUGAGAUAACAUAACUGUCUCAGCACACUGCAUUUUCCAUCUUGAUUUAAAUAAAGAAUUUGAUAGCAUUCAAAUCAGCAAAUAACGUUUAAAAGUCACAAAGAAACAAAAUGUCCCUUUCAAUUGAUUAUUUUUAAAUUUUGAAUAUAUUUUAUUAGCAUGAUCACUCCAAACCAUUUGUUGCAGAUUAUUAUUAUUUGGUGAAAACUUGAAAAGGGGAUUUUUAUUUCUUAGCCAUUGCAGCACAACAAUAGCCUUUAAAAACCUCAGAAAGGCUGGACUUAGUCAAAUAUAGUACAGUAUGUUUGGCAGGAAAACUCAAAAGCAAAGGAAUUGGGACUCCUUUCAAAUUGGUAUACCUUAAUAAAUACUAAAAGGUGUGAAUCUCCUCUAGCCAUGUAAAGUAGCAUUUCUUGGCAUGUUUAUUCUACUGCUUCUUCUUCUGUGCUGGCAAGGGAGCCAAGUUAGUAUGGUAACUUGUUGGAUGGCAGCAGUAAGAAGCUAGGAAUGGAAAUAACAAAGAGGCAGUUGUUUGAGGUACAUUUGUUCCCACAUUUGUUGGAAACGUUUUCCAGUGUGCAGAGCUGAAGCUAAAUUAAAGUUAUUCUAACCAAAUACAAAAGCUAUGCCGAUGCACACCUUCAUCGAGAGAUUCAUCAUAGAACAAUGCACAGACUUUUCAUGUCUGACGAAGUGUUUUACCGCCUACGUUUUUGUUGGAAUAAAACUAAUUUCAUUGUGUUUGUAUAAAUGAAUUCUAAUAUAUUCCUGCAUUGUGUACAGUAUACAGAAAAUCCUGCAGCAAAAAAAGUAGCCCAACAUAAAGUGGAAGCUCAGAAUCUGAGCAAGAUUGGUUGGUUACAUGAAGUAUUUCCCAUAUUGUCAAAACUCAGUCUUAAGGUCUCAUUUGUAUAUAUUCUGUGUGAUUAACAUCUAUUUGUUUGUUUGUUUAUCAGCAUACAUUAAGUGAAACAGUACCUUGUGGAAAGUAAGACUUUGUAGAGUAUUUGUGAUCAUUUGUUUGUUAUCGGCCACACACCUCAAGAAAUAUCUGUGUCCUUUGUUUAUACAUAGUAACUUAUUGCUUUGUGUUACCUUAGCAACAGAACCAGCUGGCACUGUGUUUUUUACAUGUAAAAGGAAGAUAGCAGAUAUGAUGUUUGUGAUUAUUGAUUGGAUAAAUUUACAGUUGAGUGACUCAUUAUUGAUACAAAUAACACCUAUUAUGGAAGAUUUACAUGUUACAUAUAUGUCACUUACAGUCACAAUGGCGUCAACACUGCUCUGUGUUUGACUGUGAUGGUCACUAAUGAUAUGUAUAUGAAGAUAAUAAUAAUUCACACUCAUUCCUGCCCCCACAUCUCACAUAUCCUUUAGUCAAAGAGCUCGCUCAGUCCUUCUGUGUGUAUAAAGUCUUUAUGAACAGCUGCUGGAGUGAAGAUGUAAAGAAAAAAAAAAGUGUUUCACUCUGUGUCUCUGCUCAGGGAUCUCAAGCGGUGAGUUAUUGCAGAAACUUGUUCACAGAACGUUUACUAAAUUAAAGAUUUAUUUUUGAAAGAUGUCGUAUUUGUAUAAAUUAUGGAGAUUUGUAGCCUUUUCCUCCUUUUUGUAAUAUAAAGAUGAACAAUGUGCCAGAAUAGACUUUCCUUCACAAUGUUGCUUUUUUUCCACAAUAAAUUUAUGAUGUUCUGCUUUUG